AUGAAGUUCCUCGGUCUUAUCAGCGUCGCCCUCCUCUCGGCCAGCGCCUCGGCGCGUAGCCUCAAGUUUAUGGGCAGCGACUCGCAACACGCUCUGGAAGAAGAGUUCCCCGUUCCAGGCGACAACCCUCUGCUCUUCUGCGCCGCUCCCAAAGACAACAUUCUCGAAAUUGAGAAGGUCGAUCUGUCUCCCAACCCUCCCUCUGCUGGCGUCACUUUGUCCAUCAAGGCUUCUGGAGUCCUGUCGCAGGAUGUCGAGGAGGGCGCGAAGGUCCACUUGCAAGUCAAGUACGGUCUGAUCCGCAUCAUCAACCAGGAGGCCGACUUGUGCGAGAACCUCAAGAAUGUCGAUCUCGAGUGCCCUCUGAAGAAGGGCCCUAUGGAGCUGACCAAGGACGUUGACCUUCCCAAGGAGAUUCCUCCCGGCAAGUACACUGUCCUCGCCGACGUCUACACCAAGGACAACGAGAAGAUCACUUGCUUGACCGCUACCGUUGUCUUCAGAAGAGGUGGUGCUUUCGAGGUCGUCGCUUAG